UCAGUUUACAUUUCUGAUCGAUCCCAUUUAGUUUCAAACCCAAAGUUUUUGUUGCUUGAAAUUAAAUUGAAAAGUUUUAACAUUGAUCAACGAUGUCAGAAAUUGAUAAGAAAGAAAAAUCGCCGCCAAAUGACUUAACUGAUAUUCCGCCAAAGGAUGUCGAGAGCAGUGGUAAAAAGUUGAAGUACCCACGCGCAAUUCCUUUUAUCAUCAGUAAUGAAUUCUGCGAACGUUUCAACUUUUAUGGAAUGAAAGCUAUUUUGGUUCUUUAUUUGACGAGAAAGCUUUUGUAUGAUGAUGACACCGCGACGGUUCUCUAUCAUACUUUCAAUUCGCUUGUUUACUUUUUCUGCAUUUUUGGGGCAAUCAUUGCUGACUCAUGGUGGGGAAAGUAUAAAACAAUCCUUUGGUUAUCAAUAGUUUAUGUUGCUGGAAGCACUGUGAUAGCAAUAGGCGCAAUUGAACCGUGGAAUUUACCAGCACGUGCUUUAACAAUACUCGGAUUAUUUUUGAUUGCCCUUGGUUCUGGUGGGAUUAAACCUUGUGUCGCUGCUUUUGGAGGCGAACAAUUUAAAAUGCCAGAACAAGCAGCACAACUUGCUGUUUUCUUCUCUCUUUUCUACUUCUCUAUCAAUGCUGGUUCUCUAAUAUCGACAACAGUUACGCCAAUCUUACGUGAAGAUGUUCAAUGCUUUGGAAUGGAUGAUUGUUUUCCUCUUGCCUUUGGUGUUCCUGCUGUCCUAAUGUUCAUAGCUGUUCUUAUCUUUGUUGGUGGAAAAUUUUUAUAUAGAAUUCUACCAAACGAAGGCAACAUGUUGGUGAAAGUUUUCAGUUGUAUUGGUAGCGCAUUGAAGCUUCGAAAACGUGAGAAACGAACAAAUCCAAAAGAUUAUUGGCUUGAAUAUGCUGAAUCUACUCAUGGCAAGAAGCUUGUGAUGGAAACGAAGAUUCUUCUUAAUGUUUUGGUGCUUUAUCUUCCACUUCCAGUCUUCUGGGCCUUGUUUGAUCAACAAGGAUCUCGAUGGACUUUCCAAGCAACAAGAAUGAAUGGAGAUCUUGGUUUCUGGGAACUCAAGCCUGAUCAAAUGCAAGUCAUCAAUCCACUCUUAAUUCUUAUCUUCAUUCCAUUGUACGAAGUUGUUUUCUAUCCACUUCUCAAUCUUAUCGGCAUUCGUCGACCAUUGCAAAAGUUGACAAUUGGUGGAAUUCUUGCUGGCAUUGCCUUUGUGAUUUCUGCUAUUGUUGAGAUAAAUUUGUCACAAACAUACGCGGUCAUUCCAGGAAAUGGUGAAGCACAAUUGAGAAUAUUUAAUGGCAGAAAUUGCAAUUACGGUUUCUCUUCAAAUAUUCCUGAACAUUCAACAUUUUCAAUUAACGCAAUGAAACAUUUUGAAGAUGAAUAUGUGAAAGUUAAUGGCGAUGAAAAUUCUUUUCAAAUUAAAAUUGAAUCAGCAACGGCUGCAUGCGAAGAUGAUGUUGGAUAUGAGAUAAACUUCAAACUCUCUGAAGAAAUGGCUCACAGCUUCUUCUUAAAAGGAACACAAGGUGACCGUGUAAGUUAUGAAGAAUUUGAAGACAACCCUGAAAAAUCUCGUCGUGGUUGGCCUAUGAUAAGAAUUCUCGCAAAUAUUCGAGAUCCAAAUGCAGAAAUAAUUUUACUUGAGAAAGGAAGAGAUGAAAGAUUCAGAGGAAACAGCGGCACAACCACAACAAACCAAUUUGAUGUUCCUUCAAACAAUUAUGAAGUUAUGAUUAACGAUCAAUCGAUUCUUAUAGAUUUGGAACUUAAGCUUGGUGGCGUUUAUUUGUUGAUGAUCGAUGAACGUGAAUUGAAUGAAUUUACAACAAACUUGGAAGUGAUUACUGACCCAAAUUCAAUGAGUAUGCUUUGGUUGAUACCACAAUAUGUUGUCAUAACAUUGGGAGAAGUCAUGUUCAGUAUUACUGGCUUACAAUUCUCCUUCACUCAAGCUCCAGCAAGUAUGAAAUCAGUUUUGCAAGGCUGUUGGAUGUUAACUGUUGCAUUUGGAAAUUUGAUCGUUGUGAUAAUCGCUGGUGCCAGGUUCUUUGAAUCCCAAACUUAUGAGUUCUUCCUUUUCGCUGGUUUAAUGUUUGUUGACAUGGCUGUCUUCAUGUGGCUUGCAUAUCGUUACAAAGCAAUUCCACUCGAGGAAUUAGAAAAACUUGAUGAUGAAUUGUUGAAGAAUGAAGAGAAAGCUUCACCUGGUUUAAUUAAAAAUUUAAAUUACUUCAUCAUGUCUACUGACGAGAAAAAUGGAACAGUGGAGACUAAUGGUGAUCAUCAAAAUGGUGACGUCGAGGAGAGGGAAGAAAAAGUUAAAUAUCCACGAGCCAUUCCAUUCAUCAUUAGCAAUGAAUUUUGCGAACGAUUCAACUAUUAUGGAAUGAGAACAAUUCUCGUUCUUUACUUGACAAGAGAAUUAGAAUUUUCUGAUGACACUGCAACAAUUCUUUAUCAUGGCUUCACAACUUUGGUUUACUUUUGUUGCAUUAUUGGUGCCAUCAUUGCUGAUUCAUGGUGGGGGAAAUUUCACACGAUUUUAUGGCUUUCAAUGGUUUAUGUAUCGGGAAGUGUUGUCAUAACUCUUGGUUCAAUCGAACCUUGGAAUUUACCGGCACGCCUCUUAACAUUUAUCGGUUUAGGUUUGAUUGCGUUUGGUUCAGGUGGUAUCAAACCAUGUGUUGCUGCUUUUGGUGGUGAACAGUUUAAACUUCCACAACAAGCUAAACAAUUAGGAUUAUUCUUCUCAUUGUUCUACUUUGCCAUCAAUUUUGGUUCGUUCAUUUCGACAUUGGUGACACCAAUAUUGAGGGAAGAUGUUAAAUGUUUUGACAUGGAAAAUUGUUUCCCUCUUGGAUUUGGAUUACCAGCAGCUUUAAUGGCAACUUCGAUUGUUAUUUUUCUUGCGGGAAAAUUCUUGUACAAAAUUCUUCCCCCACAAGGCAACAUGUUACUUAAAGUCUGCAAAUGCAUUGGUAAUGCUGUAAGUACAAAAGGUCGUGAGAAACACACAAAUCCAAAGGAACAUUGGCUUGACUACGCUGAAAAAUCUUAUGGCAAGAAGCUUGUGAUGGAAACGAAGAUUCUUCUCAAUGUUUUGGUGCUUUAUCUCCCACUUCCACUUUUUUGGGCUUUGUUCGAUCAACAAGGAUCUCGAUGGACGUUCCAAGCAACAAGAAUGGAUGGCGACAUUGGAUUUUAUACAAUCAAGCCUGAUCAAAUGCAAGUCAUCAAUCCACUUUUAAUUCUGGUCUUCAUUCCAUUGUACGAAGUUCUUUUCUAUCCUAUCCUUAAUCUUAUCGGAAUUCGUCGACCAUUACAAAAAAUUACUCUUGGUGGAAUUUUUGCGGGGGUGGCGUUCUUGUGUUCGAUGAUUGUUGAAAUAAACUUGGAGGGAACGUAUCCAGUACUGCCAAAGGGUGGCGAAGCACAAUUGAGAAUCUUUAAUGGAUUGAAUUGUGAAUACACUUUAAAUUCACCAAUCUUUGAAUCAGCAGUGAAAAUCGAACCAAAUUCUCGAUUUACUGAUAUUGGCAUAAAGUUGCAAGAUGAAGUUGUUGAAAGUGAUUACGUGUUCACGACAUCCACAAAUGGUUGUGUGGCUCCAGAACCUGGCACAUUCGUUCUCCAAUCAGCAACUGCUACAAGUCACUUCAUUAAAGGUUCAAGAAAUACUCCCAUGCUUGAUGUUUAUGAAGACGACCCAGACAAGUCACGACAAGGAACGCCGUUAAUUCGCAUUUUAGCAAAUCUCAUGUCAAGUUCAAAUGUCACUUUAAAAGACAAAGAUGGUGAACAGUACAAUGAAGAUUAUCUUGCAAGAAAUCUCACUGAUGUUCAAUCAAAUGUUUAUCAAAUUUUCGUAAAGGAUAAAAUGAUAAAAGAAGAUGUUGAUCUGAGACUUGGUGGUGUUUACACAAUUGUUAUUGAAGAAAGAACUUCUGGAAACUAUUUUGCAGAAGUUUUCAUAGUCACUGAACCCAACUCUUUCAGCAUGUUGUGGCUAGCACCACAAUAUAUUAUCAUGACUCUAGGUGAAGUCAUGUAUUCGGUGACUGGUCUUCAAUUUUCUUAUACUCAAGCACCUGAAAGUAUGCGUUCUGUACUUCAGGGCUGCUGGUUAUUGACUGUUGCUGUUGGCAAUCUCAUUGUCACAAUCAUUGUUGGUGCGAAGUUCUUUGAGUCACAAACUUAUGAAUUUGCACUUUUCGCUGGUCUAAUGUUCUUGGACAUGGGAAUCUUCACGUGGCUUGCAUUAAGAUACAAAGCUAUACCACUUGAUGAACUACAAAAAAUUGACAAUGAUGAAGUCGACGACUUUGAAAGCACGACAAAGAAACAACCGUUAGACUUUCCUGGUUCAUCAAAUGGAGACAACUCAACAGAAAACCAUGGAACGCAAAAAGAUGAUUAAAAUUAACAAAUAAUUUAAAAAUAUCAACAUUAAGUUUUAUUGAAAUAAAACUUCUUUAAUUAUUGUAAAAGA